GCCAACCGGCUCUCAGUGUCACAGAGAGUCCCCGUGAGCCUCCGCGACCACUCCUACGGUGUCCUGUUGUCACAAUCUCAACCGGCAUCAUGCCCGCGGUCUUUGUGCUUUGUCUCACGGCCACUCUGGCUUUAUUAGCCCGAUUCGUUGCCGCCGUGGGGCCGGUCGUCCGGUGCGAGCCAUGCGACGCCGUAGCGCUUCUGCAAUGCAAGCCUCUGCCCAAGGACUGUGCGGUGCGGGUGAGGGAGCCCGGCUGCGGCUGCUGCAUGACGUGCGCCCUCGGCCAAGGGCAGGCGUGUGGAGUGUACACGGCGCGCUGCGGCUCAGGUUUGACCUGCCAGCACCAACCGGGGGAGAGCCGACCCCUGCAAGCGCUGCUGGAAGGAAGGGGAGUGUGCACGAGUGAGAAGUCUAAAAAGCUCAACACCGUUCUCGUUCCGGCGCAAAAACAAGACCAUGGCCGAAAUCAGGAGGACGGCUACGCCAACAAGACAGCCACAAUGACCGUGUUGCCCGGUUUAUCAACUGUCAAGGCGGGGCAGAGUCGAGGUGUGAUGGACACCAGGACCUCAUUACACAACAAGCUGAUCAAGAAAGAUCAGAACAGGAAGACUCACAGCUACAAGGUGGAGUCGGUGUCGGAAGGAGCCAGUAUGGAUAUGCAAAACUUUUCGGUGGAGAACAAAAGGGAGACUGAGUAUGGCCCGUGUCGGCGGGAGAUGGAGAGCAUCCUAAAUAGUCUCAAAAUCAGCAAUGUACUCAACCCAAGAGGCUUCCGCAUACCCAACUGUGACAGAAGGGGUUUCUAUAAGAAAAAACAGUGCCGUCCAUCCAAAGGCAGAAGGCGGGGAUACUGCUGGUGUGUGGACAAAUACGGGCAGCCCCUGCCUGGCUAUGAUAGCAGGGAUCGCGAUGAGAAACAGUGCCACAACCGGGAGAGCCAAUGAGAGGACAGAAUGACUUGGAGUGGAGCGAAGAAGAAAGGGAAGAAAGAAAGAGGAGAAAGGUUGGAGCACAGCCUUUUCCAACUGGCUAAGCAGCUAGGCUGUUCUGUACUAUGGGUUCCCCUAUCUCUACAAAAUGAACAAGCUAAACGCUGAGAAAACGUGGAAAAGCGAGAAAUGUAUUAUCUGCACUAUUUUGUUCGGGAGGGAACGCGAGAGAUGAGGGAAAUUUCCACUCACUUUAAAGUGACUUAUUUGUGACUGUGACCCCAAAAAUGCAGCGCCAUCAUAUCAGUGUGUAUCUGUCUGUGAAUGUGCCACCGUGACUUUGUCCGUGCUUGUCUUGAAGUGUGAUCCUUGCAUUACAUGUGUGCGUGCACAGCAGCAUGACUGUGCAAGAGGGUGUAGGAGUGUGCUUUUUCCCAAAAGAUGUUUGUGUUACUAACACAGAGUAUAUCGCCCUGCUAACAGCCCCUGUCUCGAGGCCCUGUACCAUUGAACAAUGCAGGAAAAACUGCCUCAGGGUCCAUGUUGAAGAGAAGGAUUAUGGCCGAGCAGGGAUUUGUAUCCAUACAUUGGCCAACCAAAGGCUUUCCUUGAUGCUUCAAGCAUGUCCCUCUUUAUGCAAUCUGCCUGCAGGUGCAAAGGAACAGAUGCAAAAUGUGCAGUUACAGUGCCUUAAACAUAACCUUGACCUGUCUUCCUUUCCUACAUGCAUCAGAGUAACUCUUUGGGUAUCAAAUACACCGCCGCAUGUUUACAGGUACAGUAUAUGUGUGCUCAAGUUUGCCGCACGCACGUUCAAGGUACACAGCAGGUGUGAACACAUUUACGAAACUAAACUAAUUCUAAUUGGCUUAGAGAGUGGAGAAAAAAAAAAUCAAUGAACAUGGAGAGAGUACACAUGCAGCGUUCGCCUGUUUUGUCUUGGGAAAAACUUCAAGAUUGUCUUUAUUCUUAUCAGGUUUUGGAAUGCACAGUCCGUUUCAAUGUUGUUGCUAAAAGAUCAAGUUCAAGGGAAUACAGUGUUUCCUCUCGGUUUACAGCUUUGGGGCGGUGGGUGGAUGGGCGUCGCCACAUGCAAGCUUGCAGCAAUCGCUCCUCAACAGUCAGUUGCGUUUGGGGGGAGCACAUACAGUGCCCACCAGAAGUAAUGGUACAGUCAGGUCAAUUCCUUUUUUGUGUAGACUGAAAACAUUUGGGUUUGACAUCAAAAGGGAGAAAUGUGAGACCAGAGAGCAACAUUUCAGCUUUUAUUUCCAGGUAUUUACUUCUGGAUGUGAUGCACAACAUACAAGAUAGCACCUUUUGAACCCAUCCACUUUUCAUGUGAGUAAAAGUAUUGGAACAUGUGACUGACAGGUGUUUUAUUGCCUAGGUAUGUGCUAUGGCAUUGCUUGUUCAAUUCAGAAAUAGCACUGAAUGGCUAUGCUCAGUUUGAGCUUGGGUAGGAUAGGUUUUGCCUGUGUAGACGGCAUUUAGAGGUGAAAACAACAUGAAAAUCAGGUAAAAGGUCUGGGUGAAAUCUGAGAAGAUGUAAAAUCAAUCAGAAACAUCGCACAAACAUUGGUCAAAGUCAGUACAACCAUGAAACAUGAAAAAUGGGUGGGCUCAAACAAAAGGUGCUACAUAUAAAUUGUGCAUCCGAUCCAGAUGCAGAUGCAGUUGCAGAUGCAGAUGCAGAUACCUGGAAAUAAAAGCUGAAACGUUACUCUCUGAUCUUCAAAUCAUCUUUUAAUGUCAAACCCAAAAAUAAAGAAAAUUACUUCACUUUAUAAUACCUCUGGAGGGCACUGUAAGCUGUGGGCGUGUCUGUGGAUUACAAGGGAUUGGUUUGACGAAACUGACACAUACCUGUGAACACAUGGGCGCAUGCAGUGUAGCCGACUGUAUUGCAAUCGCUCCUCCACAGCUACAUUUGACAAACUUUUAGAGAAAAUAAAAAUGUGUCAUUUAAUUAACACAAAGCAUAGAAAUUGUAAGCACGUGACCAUGAAGAAAGGACUGCUGUUGUGUGCAUAGGGUAAAUGAGAUAAGGCUAUUUAGUUUAUUUAAUAGAAAGACUUGGUACACACAGCCUCCCUAUUAUAAUGGUAGGGGAAACACUGGAAUAUUUCUUUUUAGGUGUUCACAUGCCACAAUGUAGCUGAAGGGAUUUGUGUGGUUCCGAUUAGCCUGCCCUUUUCUUGUCUGUUGCCGUCACCUGCUUUUCUCAUCAAUCCAUGAUGCUUUUCCCGUCUCUCCGAGCUCACUCGUCAUUGUCUGGCAUACUCAUACUCAGUGCUGAGGUCCCACGUGUAUUCAACCCACAAGGGCCCGGCCUCUGUGCCUCAUCCCUGUGCCCGUUCCACCCACCAGCUCUAGCUCCAUGCUGCCCUCUAGCCCUCCUCUCUUCCUGUCAUGUAAGUUAUAACCUGGUGUUGGCUUGUUGAACCGGGAGAGCCCGGUGUGACCGGGUUUCCCCGCCACAGGUGCCCCUAUGCUACAAGCACAAGCACUUAAAGCACUUUAGCUGCACCUGGCAAAAUAAAAAUGGACCUAUUUGCAUCUGCGUACUUUUCCUUACAACCAAUCUAGGAUAAAACGGUGGGGUGGAAAUGGAAGCCACGUCAGGACUUCUGAAGCUCACCUAGAAAUGUUCCGUUCAGUGCAACUAUUGUUGUUUUUGUGGUCUUUGAUUUAAAAAAAAAAACAACCUGUAAGAUCAUGUGCCAACAAAUGGACAUGGCACCAGAUAUUCUCGCAUUCACACAAGAGGUAAGCGGUCUGAAGCUUCCGUCCUGAUGCUCUCCCACAUCCUGUGUAAAGACUUGAAAAGUGGACAAAAAGAAUCUUACCCAGUAGCUCGGUAGCAUACUACAGUAUGGGUUGUACACUUCCUCUAACGGACAGCAACAACUUCCACCCAGCCUGUUGGUGCUAUGUUCCAUCUAGUCAAACACUUGAUUUAAGGGCAGGAACAUAAAAGAAAAAUGUUUAAGCUAUUUUCACCCUAAUAUUUUUAAGUGUGUCUUUGUUAUAUGCUUAGUAUUUCCUUGCCAGCUGUACAGUAGAGUUCAUAUACAGUUAUUUAUCUAAAAAAAUCAAAAUUAUAAGCUGAUCCAAACUAGGUUUCUUAUGAACAGUGAUUCACCAAUUGCACAGCAAACUCUUAACAUUUCAUUGUAUUUUGGGGAAUCUAAUCACUAAUGAAUGUUUUAUUCUUAAUAUGCAAAUUCUUCUGUUGCUUAUUAUCUUCACUGCCUCUUACGUCUGGUGACUUUCUCAGGAAGUCAUUUCUGUCGGUGUAGCUAGGUCUAAGCUUCUCCAAACUCUAGGGGUGGGCGAUACUGCAAAUGUUGGUAUCAAUCCAAUACCAAGUAAAUACGGGGCCAGUAUUGCCGACACCGAUCCUCUUUACUUGAAAUUGUUCAACAUCAUUGAAUGAUUUUAAGGUUUUGCCGUUAAUUUGUUGAGCAUGAUUAACAGACUAAAACAUGGGGCGAUGAUCUUAGGCAUAUUUAAAUACAGGAAUAUAAGACAACGUAACAAUAUUUCAUAAAAUAAAAUACAAUUAAUCCUUUAUUCUAUUUUAUUUAGUACAAUUGUUUGACUAUUUGCCCCUAAAGCCGUCCUGUGUCCAAAGACUUAUUCCCUGAGGUGAGAUUUAUAUAAUAUAUUAUUAUAUUAAAUAUUGAUAUAUAAGUAAAACAAUAUCAACAAUCUAUCAAUAUGAACAACACGACAAAAUAAUACAGAUAUGUGUUUGUUUCAUGGAAAAUAAACAUAGACAAGAACUGAAAUAUAUUGAUCUCAACAUGCUAGGUAAUCUUGUAUCGAUACCAUCGAUAUUUGAGUUGAUGCGUUCGCCCUUCUGAACUCUGCUUGUUUAGUUUUGACCUAUUUGCCUGCUAGCCAUGUUAAGGAUCUCUGUGUGCACAGUUUUUAUUCCAGUGUAAUGUUUCUAAGUUGAAUUGUCUUUUUGGAGUCAAGCUUUUCUUGAUGCUAAACUAGAAAGCUCACCUGGAUCGUUUUACCUGAAAAAGGAACUGGUUUGAUUCAAGUUACAAAUUUGUAUUUAAUGUCUUUUUUAAAUAAAUAAAAAGUGAAUACAGUUUAAGAUGCUGUGUUUUUUUCUUAUUGUAUCAUUUUAAUGAAAAAGGCCAUCAAGAGGGCUUUGAAAUCUUUCCAAGUUCUGCAGGCUAACAAAUACGCUGUCGUGUUCUGUGAAUGCAAUCAGGCACCCCUCAGUCUCGGAAUGUGUCAACAAGGAUAAAGCAAAGGUUCAAUUUGUAAAGAAUAAAAAUAAAUCUGGUGGUGCCAGGCAGGCUGGCAGUGGGCACAAGAGGUUGAAGCAAAUUCCUGUGCCCGACCAAGGCAAACAGAGCACGGGUCAAAAGGUAGCGUGCAGCUGCAUGUCCUUGGCAAACUGUCUAAAGUUAGAUGAGGACCUCCACUUGAGAUCCCCCUGAUAACACAUACACACACUUAAUAUAGAAAUUGUGGUGCUACUAUGUAAUCCAGACUUUCACAAUCAGAACUGCUGCACGUUUUGGAUAUUUGUGCAAACGAAAAGCAACUUAGAGGCUAGCUCAGGACAAAGAGGGGCAGAACGCAGAUGGCUUAGUCAUGUUUUUAUUAAAUAUAUUGACUUUUUCUUACAUUACAUCUCCAUUAGAAAAGUGAGUGAGCGGUUAGUCACUUUGGAAUAGACAUAAACAAUACUCUCCAACAGCAGCAUGUCGAUCAGAAAAGAGGCGCUGUUUCUGAACAUCACAGUUCAACUGCGGAACUCCUUUGUGGUCAUGUGUUCUUAAUAAGAUAGAACAGCAACAUCAAACGUAAAAUAGCACGUACUGUUCACAGACACAUAAAUAUUGGAGGUAGGUAACUGUAGAAAUACCCGUCUGAGAGGCAGUGCAUGCCUGGGCACCAACCUGUCAUAGAAUCUGCACCCCAUGGAACCAUGGGCAAUGUUUUCUGAGACUGUGUAAGAAGGUUUUGCAGUCAUGGAAAAAGAACUGACGAUGCCUCACAAUCAGAAAGUAAAAGACAUUCAAAUGGCAACAAUGUAAAAAAAAAAAAAAGAAUUUACAAAAAUGGACACUCAGUGCUUUUGUUCGUGCUUGGUUUGUCGCAAACCAAACCUCCAGACCACUAAAAAAUGGUACAGCGAGCUCAACUCAGCAAUGGAGUUAGUCAGGGCCGAGAUACAUACAGUAUAUACACUUUAUACACCCAUAAAAAACAUAAUAACAAGGCAAACAUGUUAUAAAUAUGAAAUAAUUACUAAUAACAAAUAAAUUUCAACCCAACUGAAAUAAAUAGACUGAAAAGUAAAUGCAUCAAUAUUAAACUCUCCAUUCAGAAAAACAAAAAUAGAUGUCUUCUCCUCUUUUCUUUGGGGCAGGUGUUUGAGAGGGAGCGGGGUGAGUGCGGUUUACGGGCACAGUCCCAUAAUGACAGUGUACCUGAUUAAAACACCGCCAAGGACAAGGUCAAUAAAUAAACAGCUAUGAAAAUGGAAAAUCAGUAGCUCUUUGUGAAAAGGUGGCUCUCUUCUAAGAACACUCGGCAUCUGCAGCCAGAUCAGUAGAACCUAAAACCUUCUUGCCGUUCCAAGAGUUGACGCACCAGCAUCGACCCCUUUGGCCGUCCAGAGACGAUUCACACUGCAGAGACACAAAUGUUUUCCCUUUAGCUUUCAAUUGUUUGCAUCGUCCAUCCACAUGUUCCGUCAUGCCAUACUAUCAUUGUUUCAUAUAAUAUGGUUCCACACCUGUACACACACACGCGCACACACACACACAAUCAUAAUCAACCACAAAUUGUGUUCUCAACUUGUGACAUUCUUUCAUGCUGAGCGGAAACAUUAAAAAUCUCUCCCACACACACACACACACACACACACACAUACUGUGUACAUUUACUGGAGGUACUGACCUGCUUGGGUUUGUAAAGCCCAUGUUUGUCACAGUUGGGGAGGUAGAAUCUGGUCAGUUUUUCGCCUAGUUUCUGUUGGGAUUUGGCAAUCUUCUCCAAGGCUCUUUGUAGCUCAAUAUGACACGGCCCCUGUGAGGAGGAAGCAAGCGUUGAUGGUUAAAUGAGCUCAGGGCCUGCAUGCUAGAGGUGGGCGGGUCAGGUCAAAUAUCGAUACCAGCAGUAGCAGUAUCAGAUCAAUACUAGCAUGAUUCGAUGGAUACUUUCAUCUAUGUUUAUUUUUUCCACUUUUGGGGCUUCUUUGUGUUUGUUACAUUCUUUAUAUUGUUAUAUGUAUAUAUUAUUACAUUGUGUACAGCCAUAAUAAGUUUUUGCUUUUGUUGAUUUAUUGCUACUACUAUUUGAGCUGUUGUCAUUUUUUUAUAUUGUUAUAUUGAUAGUGUUAAAUUGUUCACAAAUAAGUUGUUGAUA